AUGCGGACGGCGGAGCAGUUGCCGGAGCUCUUGGAGGAAGCGAGCCGGGAGGAUCUGACGCCGGUGAGAUUCCUGGAGCGGUUGGUGGAGCGGGAGUAUGAGAGGAAGGAGGAGCGCCGGAUUGAGAUGUGGCUGCGGAUGAGCGGGCUGCCGCCGGGGAAGACGCUGGACUGUUUCGACUGGAGUUUCCAGCCUCGGGCGGACCGGGCGAAGGUGGAGGAACUGGCAACCUGCGCGUUCGCGCGACGGGCGGAGAACAUUCUGUUCCUGGGGCCGCCGGGGGUGGGAAAGAGCCACCUAGCGACCGGCCUGGGGGUGAAGGCGAUCAAGAACGGGUUCCGGGUCCAUCACUACGUGCUCGACGAGCUGAUCCGGAUGCUGCAAGCGGAGGAGACGACCCCGUAUCGCCGCCGGCCGCGGCGCUACCGGAUCAGUUCCGUUCUGAUCAUCGACGAGGUGGGGUUCCGGCCGCUGAACCGAGAGGAGGCGAACCUGUUCUUCCGGCUGGUGAGCCGGCGCUAUGAGCGGGGCUCGCUGAUCCUGACCUCGAACAAGCACGUGGGGGCUUGGCCGGAGGUUUUCGCGGGGGACGAGGUGUUGACCACAGCGAUCCUGGAUCGUCUUCUGCACCACGUCCAUGUGGUCCAGAUCAGCGGCCGGAGUUACCGGCUGAAGGAACUCGGCGACCUCCUUCGCGUCCCGGCAGCGGAGGAGCGCCGCCCCGAGCGCGAGGCGUGA